UUCAAGCCAGUUGUAUCCUCUGAACUGACUUAUUCAUCUCAUCACAGUGUAGCCUGUGGGCAGAAAAAUAAUGCUUUCUUACUGUUAUAUUCUGGUUUAUGAGCUGUUGCUGUUCUCAUUUCAAAUAAUUAGCUGUGAAGGAAAAACAACUGAAAAUAUCUACAGAUAUUCAAGUGAGAUUGAAAUCAAUAAUGAACAUUCCAAACCACCUAUUUUCAAAUUUUGGUUGCGAGGGGAUAUCAGUGUCACUGAAUGGAAUGAAUCUAGAAAAUUCAAGUUUAUGUAUUUGGAAUCAUCCGGUUGCAACGGAUUUUGUGCUGACAAUGUGGAAAAAAAAUCCUCAAAAGGAAAACCACCAUCAAAUUUCUUCCUGCCAUUCGAUUUGAUGAAAGGCGGAGAGAAACACCUCUUGUUCAACGAAAAUGAAACAGUAUGGUCGAGAAAUAUAAAACGCGGCGUUGCGCGUCUCCUUGAUCAUGAGACAUCGCAGUCAUCGGAGUUGGGCAGCUCUUUUCAAACAGAAAACUUCUACAAAUUCUCAAAGAACAAAGAUGGAUAUGAUACAGUGACACUGGCAGAACUUGGAGAAAAUUAUAGUACGCUGGAAAAUCGAGGAAAUUAUCUGAUAACUAGGCGAAAAUUGGAAUUGAUUUCAACAAAAUCUCUUUUCGAUUUAUUGGUGGAAAAGAACAAUAUCACUUUGAAAAUGGUGAAACAUGCUAUCAAUUUUGAAAUACCUAAAUACGUUUCUAGAAUUGUUGACUUUGGAAGAAUCGACAAUAACUCGACUCAUUUGAUUCAUCUGACCUGUCACCAAUCCACUGUUGCUUUAGGAAAAGCCAACAGCUUAGACCAAAGUAAUCGAGCAUUCCAUUUGGCGUUUGCUGUUUUAUUCAAUAAAGUUUACAAACAUCAAUUGAAAAACUUGGAAAAAAUUAAAACAGACUCCACACACAAGAAGUCUUUCCUCAUGAAAUUUAUCAGAAGCCUCUACGCGGAAUUUGAAAGCUCUAAAACAAUCAUGGAGCAGGAACUGAAUGUAUUGGAUGUAUUGAAAAACGCUCUGGCUGGAUCUGCAACUCUAUUGACCUAUUUGAAUGAGACGGUGGUACAUAACAAGUCAAAGCCAAUUGAAGUACGUAUCAGUGCUUGUCAACUCACUAAUGGUAAAACAGAUUCGGAAUACGACGAAGAAGUAUUCAUGGUUUUCUCUCCGCUGUUAUUUGAUGAGGAAGAGCAUCUAGUUUUGAGAGCGAUGGCUUUGGAUAUUAUUCUUCAGCAUCUGAAUGGAACAAUAGAUCUCCUUCAAGCUAGCAUCAAACAUUUCAAAUCAUCCACAUAUCUCUACGGAUAUUUUUAUUCGUACAUCGAACAACUGUACAGAAGCUCUACAAGUCAUUCACAUCGGGACCAUUUGAAAAAAUUGAUAGCUAACUACAAAUUGCUAGAAGAUGUUCCAACAAAACGAUCUCCAAGUUUUGUCAAAUUUUUCUCUUCGCCAAGAAAUGAUGGAUCUUCUAAUAAAUCUUCUCUGUACGAAGGUCAAGAAUUGGUGAUUAAGCAUAUUGCAGAUCCUGUGACGUCACUACCUCACUUGCUACAACUAAAAUUGGAUUCGUUUGAUGCGGAUCAUGUCACAAAUGUAUUCUUGAUACACAUUGAGCUAAACGGAGUCAAUCAACAUUUGCUAGCCAACGUUCUGAAAAAUAUCAACCAAACUAUACCGAUGCAUGAAAUUCCCAAAUUGUUGAAAACGACAUUUGACGACUGGAAAACUGAAGGAAAUGUUGAAAUUGUGCUGGAAAAGCUGGGCUAUGUGUUGAAACGUGUAUCCCAUAGACUUACAGCUGAUGAUGGAGAUUCUCAAAAACAGACUCUGGCUGAGAAAUUUUGGCAACUUAUGAGUUUGGGCAUAUUAGAUUAUGAAGAGUUGUUGUUCUGUAGAACUGAUUCUGUUUCAAAAAACUCAAGCAAGCAGCAUAAGUGUGAACGGAACUCUGUUCAUAACAGCAUAGGUCUAUUGCAUAAUGAAGAGAAUGUAUUUGUAGCUGAGAAUGGAUUCACAGUUAUGCAGUCAUAUUUCACGCCAUACUAUUUCCAUCUUGACAAAAACGAGUCAAUAUCAGACGCUGGUUUAGAUUCUUCUUCAUUCGUCAGGUUGUGGCUAGCCAAAGAAAAGGAAUUUUCUGUUUAUGAUCCGAUGCUUAGCUGUUGGACAGGAUUAACAGAGCUGCAUACAACCCAGCUUCAAAUGCCAUUCAAUAUUGAAGCUUUCAACGUGACUAACAAACACUUCAAAGCAGUACUCGUGAACAAUAACGAUAGCCUGAAGUGUUUUCUGCUUGAGACAAAGACGAAUAUCUACAAUUACACUGAACACUAUGAAUUGAAAAAUAAUGAUCACAGCCAUGAUUCAGUGAUUGGAGAUGAUUUUUCAAGAUAUUAUUUUGAUAACUUGGAGUCCAAUGCAAAUACAAUCAAACAUGAGUUUGAAAAUAUUGGUCUGGAAUUAUCGAUACCAAAAAACAGUCAAGAUUGUUCUUUGUUUUACCAGGCAUUGGAUAUAAGACAAUUAUUUAACUGGACCUUUCCUCAUGCACUAUUUGGAUUUAGUGGCUUAUUUUCUGGACAUGCCAUACCAGGGAAAUGCAACUUUAAAAUGACGUCGAUUCCAUCUGAAAGCAGCACAAAAAUUUCAAUUGACCUCAAGGUUAACGGCCGGUACACAGACUCACAUCCACUAUCAGGCAAACAGUUGAACAUCCAGGGCAACGUGACUCUGAUUGGUGAUAAGUCUGAUGAUGCAUCAGUCGAGUCUGAUCCAAUCAGAUCUGAUGCAUCAGUCAAGUCUCAGACGAGGAGCUACACUUUCGACACGAACUUCACAAGCUCAGCUAACGAUGUCAGUACAGAAAUCAAUACAAGACUCAAGUAUUACACUGGGGGAGUGCCUGAUGGAAAAUGUAAGUCACUUUAAAUCUAUACUGAUAUC